UCAAUGCAAGAUGGCUGAAUCAAAUUCACAACAGUUGACAUGCCCUAUUUGCUUAGAGGUAUUGAAAUCACCAAAAAUUUUGCCUUGUCUUCAUUCGUUUUGUCAACAAUGCAUACAUGAAAUCAUCUUGUCCUUAAUACAAAACAAAGAGCCGAAACCAAAACAAUUUAGAUGUCCUAUUUGUCACACCGUAGUUAAACCAAAAGACCCAACGACCAACAUUGAAAAAUGGGCUUCGUUACUGCAAGACAACAAUGCUGUGGGAACUGCUGAAAGGCAGGAGUGUCAUACUUGUAAACACCAUAACGAAACAUCAGUUGCCAAGUUCUGGUGUAAGAACUGCAUUGAAGCUUUUUGUGAAAAAUGCAAUGCUAUGCACGGCUGGGUGAAGCUUACUUCAUUCCACGAUGUAAUCCCGAUUGAAGAUGCAAAUUACACCGAUUCUUGUAUCGAUCUGAAAGUUAUAUCAGAAAAGUGUUGCCUUCACCCUUUUACUAAUAUCGAGGCUUUCUGUUUCGAUCAUGAAGAACUCUGCUGUUUACUAUGCUUAACUUCAAGUCAUCGAAAAUGCGAAAAUGUUCAAGCGUUUUCUGAAAUGACAGAAACCAAUCGAAGUAAUGAAACAUUGGAAGAAGUCUUGACGAAAAUUAAACUUCAAACGGAAAAACUACUGGAAGAUAAAGAAAAGAAGACGAAAAGAUUAAACGAAAGUGCUAAAACAAUAGAGGAAAAUGCGGCAACAUUCGUUCAGAAAAUUAAGUGUAGGCUCGAUGACUUGUUUGGAAACUUUAUCAAACAGUUGCGUAUCAUAACGGAAGAGCAGGAAUCAAACCCCCAAACAGAUAUAACAUUUCUCAGAGAUUUCAUAAGAACACUCGGGCACUGGAUUGAAGUAACCGAGGUCGUUAGAAAAUUUGGUACAGAAACACAAUUGUUUAUUCAUUCAAAAACUAUGAAUGGGCAGAUCAAGGAAAAUAUUAGCCAACUUGCUAUAAGAUUAAGUCCUGAUGUUGACAUAAGUCUUUCAUUCAAUGAGAACAAUAUUCUUACACAGGUAGCUACCGAACUACUGGACAUUGGAAAAACGACUGUUAAAGCGAUACCUUCAGAAGCACGAACAAAGGAACUUUUUAACCUAUGUCGGGAGACUGGCAUAAAACCACCUGUUGACUUUAGUAGCAUGUCAGUUAGAAAAGAAAGGAACAUAUUAAUUAAAGAUGCUGAUAUUACAUGUGGAGUUUUCAUUGAUGACAACCAUAUCAUUGUAGGAGCUGACUUUAAGAAGAAAAGAGAUCGAAGACUGAUAUAUGUGAAUACCAAGACUGGUGAUGUGAUAAACACUACUGUCCUUGCUGGAGGUUCUCCUAGCUUCAAAUGUUUAUGUUUUGAUAAAAAAUCAAGUCAUAUCUUUAUUGCUACCUCUUCUUCUUAUGGUCCAAUCAUGAUGGCGGGAGUAAAUGAACAUUUUAUAGAAAAACCACGAACAUUGUCAUUUCGGAACAUGGCCCCGUUGACUCGGGUUGGAGUAAUGGCUGUUUGUGACGACCAUUUGUGUGUAAUAGCGAAUGAAAGAAUACAGAAGUUCAAAUUACCAAUACAACCAACAGCAAAGGAACAUGUCACUGUGUGUCUUGAAAACAACACAUUUAAGAUUCCAAUGUCAUCUGGAUUAGCAAUACGUCAUGGAAAAUGGUUCUAUACAUCAAGCGGCAGAGAAGUAAAAUGCUUGACAUGUCAAGGCAAUGAAUUGUUUUCUUAUCAAUCAUAUGCACUGAAGUACCCUGGUUGUCUAACAAUAACGUCAUCUGGUGUAGUUUUGGUGGUAAAUCAAGCAGAAAAUGGAUCAUUACAUGCUAUUUCCCCAAAUGGAAAAGAACAGAAAUUAUUGUUACGAAAGUUCGAUACGAUAAUUGCUAAAAUACCGAUUAUCAUGAGUGUAUGGACUGAUGAUCGUGAAGAAACCAUGUGUGUUUGUGGAGGACAGUACAUUGAAGUGUACAAAAUGUAUUCCGAAUGAUAGUGUCAAUAAUUCUUUCGCCAGUUGAAAUUCAGUGAUAAGCACAACAUUUAUUGUAACAUUAGCAAAACUUAUUUUGAAAUUUAUGAAUCACGUAUUUCAAUUACAUAUAUCAAUCAGUUUUCACAUAAAAUCAUCUUGAGAUUAUUGCAGCGGACUUUUUUUUGUUGCAAAACAACAUGGUAGGUUCAAAACGAAAGCAGAUCAAUACUUUCAAUAAAAAUUAAGAAUAAAAACGUUUAAAAAUAUUCUAGCUACUGGAACGACUGUUAAAUGCAGUAAUUGUCUGAUAUUUUGAAAACCGUUAGAGAUAGAGAAAAUUAGGCAAUGGCAAUAAUGCGAAGAAUAUCAAAAUCUACCUACUUUUUAUUUCCCCAAAAUUAUCAGGUGACACCCUUAUAGGAAUUAUUGCCAUUACAUUAUGAAGUUAUUUGUUUGUCGUAUGUUUGACUGUUUGCAUAUUUUCUAGAAAACUAUAAUAAAUAAGUAAAAUUUGUAAAAAGCUAGCAAAACUUAUUAGUCAUAGAAAAUGAUACAAAAUUCUAUUUGACCAAAAUCAAUUAAACGACUCUUAACGUGAGUUAUUGCCCUUUAAUGCCAAUUUAUGAUUAAUUAUCGCGUAUUUGGCCGUUAAUUUUAUAACUUUAAUAGAUAGGUAAAAACUGUAAACGGAAAAUUAUAAGCAAGACCAGAUGUACAACGAAGUAAAAAUGGCCAAAAUAAUCAGUCGACUCAUUAUAGGAGUUUUUCCCCUUCAAUAAUGAUGUUUAUUAGUGUUUGCUCUUUAGGGGAAAACUAUGUAUAGGAGACAGAGAGAAUGUAUGUAUAAUAAGUAAUCAGCAAAAUAAGAUCUACUAAUAAAUGAAAUGACUGAACUCAGUGGUCAAUUGAUUUUUGCAAUAUAUGCUGAUUAAAGAUGGCGAUUUUUAAAUACAGCUCGUGAAGAUUUUGCCUAUUAACCCGUCAACAGCCCACCCAUGUUAUGCUUUGUAUUUUUCAUAGUUCAUAACAAAUUACUAGUAAGCUAGCUACUAUAUGUUUAUGGCGUAAAUUUGAUUAGAAUACUUUUAGGAAACUGCUUCUUUUGGUAAAAUCAGAAAAACCAAAAUCCUAAAAUUUUGGAUCUCAUAAUUAGUGUUAAAAUGUACGGAAAUAUUCACUCAAAGGGUUGGAUGAAGUAAAGAAAUAUAGUUAUUCCAGGACUCUCCCGUCCGGCAGUAAUUUAAAACCCCUGCUAAUAUCUUUGCGCGUCCGAUUGGCUUUGUUGGAUGUAUAAAUUUAUAUGUAGCCACUUCCGGUCGGAAUGAGGGCGUAAGAGAACCUUUGAAACAACUCUUUGACGGGUCCGUAGGUAGGUAGCCUGAUGCAACUUGAAAAAUAUCAUAGGAACUUGACUGUUAGCAAACAGCAAUCAAUAAAUCAAUUCAGUUGAUUUUGAAUAUUCUUAAUACAUGCAUUAUUUGUUUCUUCCUGCGUUUAUAUUAUUUAAAACGUCAUGGCGUCAAAUAUAAAAGGAAUGGAAGUAUACAAUCCUUAGACAAACAAAUUCAGCUUUUUACAGUAGUGUUAUUGAAGAAUGAUACGUAUAUAUCUCCGAAUAAGGAUAUUAAUUAUUUCCUUUCUAUAAUUAAUUCUGGUUAAGAAAAAAGCGCUAGACAAUAUCAAAAAUUUAUUGUCCACAUAACAUGGACGUGCUGAUAAUCAAAUUUCAGUGAUUAGCAAGAAAACUAAUGUUCUCGUAUCGUGAUUAAUGAGCUGUGUUGGACACUUAGUCUCGCCGAUCCAUUAAACGCCUUCUGAAAUAUAAUCCCUUUCAUUUUUGAUUUUUUUCUAAAAAUGUGUCGUCACCAACAUUGAUCAUCAGUUUAACCGCAAGCUUACAACCCGUUUAGAUAGCGUUUUGCAUGAGUAAAUUUGUGUUUAUGGUCCAGUGGUGGUUAUGUCGGGUAAAACUCAGAACUUAUAUUGUAAUGAGAUGUAGCCAGUACCAUUCCAUAUGUGAAAUCAAUUAUAAAACGUCAUUCAGCUGAAAUUGGUAUAUGAAUAUGUCGAGCUUGCAAAAAUAUUUACCGAAUUUCAAUCAUUAUUGUACAUGUAUAGCAUUGUAUAAUGAUUUAUUGUUAUAUAUUUAUGACAAUUAUCCAUAUUUCCAAUCUGAUCGAAGGUUGGACACAGGAUCUGUUUUUUGGCCAAAUUUCAAGACAUAUUGUCACUUUUUUUCAAAUGAAUAAAAUCUGCGAAUUUUUAAAGGCAUAAUCGUUUGCACGAACAAUGUGAAAAAAUGGUGUUUAAUUAUGUGGGUGGAGCUAAUAUUUUUUUAAUCUUAGGCCUUCAUACGGCAUUGGUUGUUUUCAUACGAAAUGAAAGUAUAUGACAAAAUCAAAUUAUUCGGCUUUCAGCCAAUAAUUAAAAGGUCAGUAUUUAUAAUUGAGUACGUAUAUUCAAGUAAUUUGAACUCAUGUUGAUAGUUGUCUCAUUUGCAAUGAUCAUAAAACAUCUUUGUUUUUAUUUUGAAAAACGAUAGAGUAAAAAAAUAAUGGAAUGAUAUAUUA